AUGCCUGGCGGAAAGGGAAAAUCUAUCGGUGGAAAGGGCGGUUCUAAGGACUCUGCGGGGAAGGCCCAGAAGUCUCACAGCGCAAAGGCUGGUCUGCAGUUCCCCUGCGGUCGUGUUAAGCGUUUCCUGAAGAACAACACCCAGAACAAGAUGCGUGUUGGUGCUAAGGCUGCUGUCUACGUGACCGCUGUCCUGGAGUACCUGACUGCUGAAGUGCUGGAGCUUGCCGGUAACGCUGCCAAGGACCUGAAGGUCAAGCGUAUCACCCCCCGCCACCUGCAACUCGCUAUCCGUGGUGACGAAGAAUUGGACACGCUCAUUCGGGCCACCAUCGCCUUUGGUGGUGUUCUGCCCCGCAUCAACCGUGCUCUUCUGCUGAAGGUGGAGCAGAAGAAGAAGGGCAAGCCCGAGCUGUGA